AUGGCCGGCACGGCACCGUCUUCUUCAGGAGCGGCGGCUGUAGCAGAGUCUGUCAGCGACCUCAACUACCUCCUUCGACCUCUGCACUGGAUGGCCGUCCUGCGACACCCAAGCGGCGCUGGCAGGUCGCCUCUCUGCUUCCGACUCUACACCUUCGCCAUGGCAUCCUUCACCUUGUCCUUCUUCUGCUCUGAAGUCAUAGUACUGUACCGCGAGGGCACGGAAGAUCUGGACGUUUUCACUCUGACGCUCAGUGUUGCAGACACAGACAUCAUCUGGCUCUUCCGCAUGGCGCACGCAAUUGUAUGCGAGCGUGCUUUCCAUAAGCUUGCUCUUCAGGUGGGCCACGACUUCGCUGAGUUCCUGACGUGGGACGACAUUCCAAUGCUACGCGUGCAGUGUCGCAAGGUGCGCCGCUUCACGCUGACCUACAUCUCCUUUGGCAUUGGCGCAUGCUCCUGUUACCUGGUCUCCCCUGUGAGCGCUGAGGGCCUGCCCUUCAUACUGGCUCUGCCCUUCGACGCGACGCAGCCCUUAGGCUUCGGCGUCACGUGGGUGUACUGCAUGAUUACGACACUGCACGUCGUGGUGAUGACCAUGAUUCUCGACUCCUUCAACGUCAGCCUCAUUGCGCAGCUACGUAUGCAGAUCACACUACUCAGCAGCAAAAUUGUUAGUCUCGCCAAAGAAGUAUCUGAGAGACCUGAGAACUGUUCAGAAACGUACGCUCAGUAUGAACUUCGUUACCGGCUGCUGAAAUGCAUCCGUCAUCAUCAAACAAUAAUCAAGAACGCUGACUUGUUGGAGAGGAGCCUCGGAGCGAUGUUAUUGGCGCAGAGCUUGUCCAUCGGUGCCUCUGCAUGCUUCCAGAUGUUCCAAAUUGCCACGAGUGCCAAUGGUCUCCAACAAACUGGGAAGUUUAUCUGCUACUUGUUUGCAAUGCUUGCUGAGCUCUUUGUUUACUGCUGGUUUGGAGAUGACCUCAUUACAGAAAGCGAGAAUCUGGCCCUGGCAGCAUACGACGCCGUGACGUCACUGCAGGAGUGCCCCCUGUCCCUCAAGCGGUCGCUGCUGCUUCUGAUGCAUCGAGCGCAGCGACCGUUGCGCGUCACAGCCGGUGGAUUCUUCCCACUCUCCAGGGAGUCCUUUGUCUCGGUCGUCAAUGUGUCUUACUCAUUUUUCGCAAUUCUACGAAAUUUCAAGAAUGAAGAGGAGUAGCGCACUUCUGAUUGGAU